AUGGACGGCGAAACAGAAGAGUCAACGCCAGUCUCUGAAGCUGCUCAACUCUCCCUCAAACAUGCAGGUCCGUCGAUAGAGGUGCCUCCGGGCAUGUCCAAGAACGCCGCCAAGAAACUUGCACGCAAACAAAAGCUCGAGGCCACCAAACACGAACGCCGUGCCGCUGAACGCCUCAAGAGAAAGGAGAACAAGCGAGCACGCUACCUGGCUGCACAAGAUGCUGAGCAGUCAGCUGGACCCAGCAGCAAACGGCAAUCCGCUACAGACGAUGAGCAUAUCGAAUCGCUGGCAAGAAGCAAGAAGCCUAGACCUGCUCAAGGCGAGAGCGAAGCCAUGCACAAAGAGUACUUCAACGCUCGACUUGUCAUUGAUUGCGGAUUCGACGAGCUCAUGGUGGAAAAGGAAUCAAGCAGCAUGACGCAGCAACUCAUGUACUUGUACUCGGCCAACAGGAACGCACGCGUGCCUUUUGGCGAGCUCAUCCUCACGGGUCAGGACAGGCCCGGGGAUUGUCUCAAGGACGUGGACCCCGAGCAGCUCUCGCUCAUACCUGCCGCAGCCGAAUCAUCGGCCUCACCAGGUCAAGCAGCAGAAACGGGCAUCAACGCAGCUAGUAUAGAGAACAACAGCAUCGGAAAGGCAAUGGACGGCAAGCUUAGAGGCGUUUGGAGGCGGUGGAAGCGCAUCACCAUCUACAAGAACGGCGGGAUUGAGUCUCUUCUUUCCAGUGCUGGUCUUCCAUCUUCCGCGCCAGCAGUCGAGUCGGCCGUCGACGACCGACGCUUCGCUCCAGAAGCGCAACGUCAGGCGCUGCAUCGCAUCCCGCUUUCCGAUGCCAUCUAUCUCACCGCCGACACUGACGACACGCUCACCGAACUCGAGCCCGGCAAAACGUACAUCAUCGGUGGCAUCGUCGACAAGAACAGAUACAAGGGUCUGUGUCGCGCUAAAGCAGACCGUCUGGGCAUCCGUGCUGCCAAGCUGCCUCUGUCGCAGGACAUGUUGGAGGCGGUGGAGCGCAACGUUCGGUCUCAGGGCGAGUCGAUCCAGGAUGAAGCUGCAGACGAGGGAGAGAAAGGGUUCGUGGGGAGGAAAGUCUUGACCGUGAAUCAGGUCGUCGAGAUCUUGACCGCUUGGACCGAGACGAGGGAUUGGGUCAAGGCGUUGGAGAAGGCCUUGCCUCGCAGGAAGCUCAAACAGCGUGGUCCCACGGCAAAGUCCGCGAGCGGGGCAGCGCCGCAGACCAAGGAUGGCACAGAAUCCGCAGCGUCAGCUAAGGAAGAGGAAGACGAAGACGAAGAUGCAGCGAGAAACGAGCACGCAUGA